UUUUUACCACCUUAACAGCAAACGAGCGAUUCCAACGCCGAGAGCGCAGGCUUUCUGUCACCUUUCACCUUCGCCAAAAACAACCUAGUACACACCUCUCGCGAGAUUAUCAUGUAGGCUUCGUCUAUUCCAUAUGAUAAGAUCAUUAAACAAAGCCAGAGCUCUGGCAUAAUACCCACACGAGGAUUAACCUUAUCUAGGAUCCACCGCUUGUCUAUUGAGUAUUGUUUCUACCUGAGUGUCUCGUAACGAUGAUUCUGACGUGGAACACAUCGUUUUCGAUGCUUUGCAGGCAUUAUUCCCCCUACACGCCGAAUCUCUCCUUGUAUAUAUACCCCCCUCUCGCCCAUUGCAUUACCACCUCGCAACACAUCAACCACAAGACUCUUCUAUCUCCUCUUUUGCCAAUUGCCCUCUGUUUGGCUCUCUGAUCUUACAGAUACGUAUAUACACGCCAUUCUUCUAAUAGCAAUACAUUUGGGAAGAUGAAGAACGUUGCUUUCGCAACUUUUCUUCUGGUGGCUCUUCUCCUCAGCUCCUCCUUCUUCGACGGCACCAUGGCCGGUUCAAGCUUUUGCGACUCCAAGUGCGCGGGGAGGUGCUCGAAGGCAGGAAGGAUGGACCGGUGCUUGGAGUACUGCGGGAUUUGCUGCGAGAAAUGUCAGUGCGUCCCGUCGGGGACAUACGGCCACAAGGACGAGUGCCCGUGUUACCGAGACAUGAAGAACUCCAAGGGACAGCCCAAGUGCCCUUAAUGUGCUCCUUUUCUCGUUAACUAGCGUGCCCUAUAUGGUACUUUGAUGCGUCUAAACUAUGCAGUCAUGGGUACUUUGUCCGAGUUGUUGGUGAUGAUUCUGUUAAUACUGUCACUGUUAUUGUGUUUAUUGUAGAACGAAUGAAGAAUAAAUCGUUACUUACCUUCCUCA